AUGUUUUCUAACGCUCUGAUCUUCUUGAUCACCCUUGCGCUCGCAUUCUCCUCUAUCCUCACCUCUAUCAUCUCUUCUAUCCGCGCCAUCCCCAUUCCUUCUAUCCGCCCUAUCACGAUGCCUUCUCUACCUACCCUACUAUCUCCCCUAGUCACCCCCCUCUACUCUUCUUCCGCCGUCAUCAUCACCCCUCUUCUUACCGGUUCUCUCAUCGCUAUCGGGCGCGUCCUAGGAUGGCCCUCCUUCUCCGAGUUCAUUCCCUUUGUGCUGGGACUUGUCACGUACCUUUUCAAGGUUCACCCUGCACUCGGGUUUGUUUUCGUUACCUUCUUCUCUCUCUUCGCGUUCGCGGCUCUAGGUAUAUCUGAAGAUGCUGACGUCUCUACGUGGUUGGUGAUCCCCUGGCUCAUCGCGCAGGCUGGCCUGUGGAUGUAUACAUCCUACGGUUGGUAUGCUUGGUGGGCUGCAUCUAUCGCUAUCGCCAUCAAGAACUACGGCAUGUCGCCUCCUGUCUGGUGUAUCCCACAGAUCCUCACUUGCCUGUGUCUCAAGCAACUGUGGUCUUAUUUCAACGAGGAACACAUUCGUCAGUUUGGCUAUCGCCAUUCUCCGGAUUGUGUGACUUACCUUUACAAUGAGCUUCAGAAGCUUGAGUGGGGUGUUAACAUCUACGAACUCAAGGAUCUUUGCCUCCAAUGGAGAGACUGGUUUGUGGCUCUUGUUCGUCGAGUCGCAGAACAGUUCACUGCUCGUCCUAACCCCCCCGCUCGCCCUACCCCUACCCCUACCCCUCCCGCUCGCCCUGUUUCUCCCGCUCUCCCUGUCUCCUCCGCUCUCUCUCAGCCAACCCCGCUGCUGUAUCCCGAUGGUAGCAUAGUUCCUCGUGAGCAGACCAUUACUUACGAGCCUAUCGAACCUGAGGCCUUCUCCAGCAUGCAGAGAGUGCACCGCCCCUUCCUACCUAGGACUGCCAGCGGCAAGUACGCCUACAACCAAUGGUUGAAAGAGAAGAGCAAACAGCGACGUGAAGCACCUAUGAACUACCCGCCAAUUCUUCGUUCUACCGAUAGGCCCAUUGCUUCCGCUCGGCCUUUUUCUGUCAAUAGGCCUCUUCUUACCGCCAGGCGUCUCGAGGGCCGAGAGCGUAAAAGAUUCAGUCUGGCUGACUGGCCGGGUCAUCAUGCGUUCUUAAGCGGUUUGGAGAAUUCUGCGUCUGGGUUCCUCAACGGUGCCCCUGUCUUCGGUGCGCUGACCGCACCUGCUCCUGUGCCGGUCCCUGAGCUCCAGCUACCCCCCCAGCCAAUCUACCAGCAGGUGUUCCACCAGCCGGAAUGGGUGCCCGAGUCUCAGCCGCCCCAGAUUGCGUCAGUGGUUGUGUAUCCAGCCAACAAUGUCAACAUCAACACCCCUUGUGAACCAGCCGUUCCCGCGUUGGGCCAAGCCAUUGACAUAUACAACCACAACGCCACGCACCUCUACAUCACGCCCCAAGAGCCAGCGCCAGUUCUACCAGCACCCAUGGAGGUGGAUAUCCCGGAGCAAGAGGAAAUUCUCGACCCGAUGGACAUUUGGGAGGAUGUCCAGGAACAUGACGUCCUUGGUUUUAUGUCCGUCGAGGAAAUGGAAGCCGAACUGGCCAACGCCGACGACAACAACACCAACGUUGGUCAGAAUGACAAGUCGGACGAAAAGCCAGGCUACGAGAGCUUGGACGAUCGUAUGGGUGCCUCCCCAUUCAACGACUGCAAGAUUAGGAAGGAUCAAACCCCUACCACGUCUCAGUCGCGGCCCCUACACAAGCCCAAGUCGAUCAAGCCUCGUGCCUUGAGCUCCUCGGGUUCCUCUAGCGAUUCGAGCAACGGCGGUCUGACGCAAGACUCUACAUACAGGUACAACUCUAAGGGCAAGGCUGUUUCCAAGCCCUCUGUACAGUCUUCGUCGACGUCGCAAAGCAACAGCCUUGGUGGUGGGCUGCAGGCAAGCAUGUACAAUGCUAACAACCUUGCUUCCGCAGCGCAGACGCCAUCGUCCCAGGCUCUGCCAUCAGCACUGCAGUCGAAGCCGACAGUCAAUCAGUCACCAUUGGCUAAGGCGUUCGCUCAGUUCACGGUCCCACAGAUGCCACUACCUCAGGCUCAGCCGACAAUCGCUCAGUCGCCAUCCGCCCUGCCAUUGUCUCAACUCUCAGUCCCGCAGAUGCCACUGCCUGAGACCCAAUUCCAGGCUUACUCACCUGCAGCCAUGGCAGCCAAGGCAUUCCCUCGGGUAUUCUCUCCGGUGCCAGUUGUGCCAAUGUCUGAGUUCUCAGUCCCGCAGGUACAACUGCCCCAGGUCCCGCCCUCUACGCCGAAGCCGAAGCAGACAGUCCAGCAGAUGCCGCUGCCCCAGGAUCUGCCCCAGACGCCAAAGCCGAAGCCGACAACCUCUCAGCUGACCUGGCCCCAACCUGCACCCUCGACAUCGGAGCCUCGACAGACAAUGCCACAGGUCCUGCCCCCCCUGAAGCCUGAUCAGACAAUCCAGCAGAAGCCACCGACCCAGGAUCUGCCUCAAACGCCCAAGCCUCAGCCGACAACAUCGACGUCUAAGCCAAAGCAGACAACCCCGCAGGAGCCAUCGACCCAGGCACUGCCCCAGAUGCUAAAGGCCCAGAAAGAAAUGGCAGGAAGGCGGAUUGCCACUCCAAAAUCGCGAAAGGCAAUGAUCAACCAGGCUGAGAAGCCAUCUUCGACGACGGCGGCCCAGGAGCCUGCUCCAAAGAAGCCCCAGGCCCCUCGUCUUCCGGGAAAAUCCAAGCCAGCGAAUGCCACGUCGACCCUUUACACCGUGCCCGUGUCCUCUAAGGGCAAAGGUCCUGCAGCUAAGCCCGUGGCAUCGCAACCGGAAUUCGUCGAUGAAGAAGAAGACUUUGAAGACAAGGUCUGUGAGUUUAUGGAUGGUGGUCUGAGCCAUGAACAGGCCUAUACCAUGGCAGAACACUACUUCAACCAGCGAAAACUAAACCGUCGUUGA